AUGAUUCGUAAUAUUUUGAAAUUGGGGUUCUCAACAGCAACGCUAAAUGAGGAGCCAAAAAGCAGAUUCAGCUUGUUCAAACUGAUAGUUGGAGCUGCCAUUGGAGUUUAUGGAUUCGAUUAAGGCAGGAAAUAUCGGGAAUAUUUCACGAACACUUUUCUUACUAAAGAAUAAAUCAAUGAAUUAGUGAUUAAAAAUAUAACCAAAUCCAAAGAUUAGCAACUGACAGCCCAUCCAAUUAAUAGCAUUAACAAUAUCAAGAAUAAGGAAAAGGUAGUGAUAGUUGGAGGAGGAAUAAUUGGAAUCUCACAAGCAUUAAAAUUAUUAAGGAUGGGAUAUAAUGUGACUGUCAUUGAAUAAGCCAAUACUGUUGCAUCAGAAUGCAGUGCCUUCAAUGGAAAUGUGUUUAAUCCCAUGUACUUUUUACCAUUAGUCACCAGAGAUAAUUUGAUCUAUAUGAUUAAGAACAUAUUUGAGAAACCAGAGUUGACUACAGUCAGAUUCAACAUGAAUGCAUUCUUAGAAACUAAUUUUAUUUAGUGGGGAAUUAAUAGUUUACUUUUGAGUAUGACAGACUAUGCUUAAAUUGAGAAUUCAAGAAAACAAUUGAAAAUUGGAUCCUUGACUUUGCAGGACAUAGAGAAGUUAAGACCCUCAGGAUUAUUUAAAGGCCAUUUAGUAGCAAAGGGAUAAUUAGGGUUUUUUGCCUCAGAUUAAAAAGUUGAGGCCUACAGAGAUAGGUUGGUGUUGUUGGGAAUCCCUCAUAUCAAAGUGGAUUCCUUCGAUUAAAUCGAAAAAUUCGCAAGAACAGAUCUCAAAACUGAAGAAAAUCUGAAACUCUUCAAUAGAUUUAAAAAAGCUUUGAUUUUAGUUACUGAAUCCAAUUUGGAAACCAGAGAAUUAACACAAACCAUGCUCAAGUAUUGUUAAGAGAACUUUCCGAAUCAAUUCGCAAUUGCAUUUUAGACUUCUGCUUAAAAUUUUGUCUUAGAUGGAGAUAAAAAUGUUAAAGGAAUUCAAACUAAUAAAGGAAUCGUAUUGGGAGAUAGUUUUGUUAUAUGUUUAGCACACAAAAGCAAAUAGCUAGCACAUAAAUUAAAAUUAAAUCUCCCCAUUAUACCUGCAAAAGGAUGGGCUAUGGGAAGAACUGCUCCAUAAAAUUUCAAUCAGACUUUAGUUAAAGAAUUCACUUUGAAUACUCCCAACUAUUUUGCUACAAAUCUAAAUGGACAUUUAAGAUUGGCAGGGUGUGCAGAGGUUUGCAAUGAUACUCCAUCGACUGAUGCAAGUAGUGAAUGGGGAGCUAUUUAAAUAUUAAAUAGGUUCAAUGAGCAAAAUGGAUUUGACUUUAAAAUGAGUGAUUUUACUGUUAGAAGUUGUUUCAGACCAUUAACACCAGAUGAUGUUGCUAUAAUUAGUGAAGUCCCAGAGUUCAAAAAUGUAUUUCAUAAAUGCUGGUCAUGGAUCAAGAGGCAUGAGUUACUGCUUUGGAGCAGCAGAUAUCAUGAGUUAGAUUAUGGAAGGAUCCAAGGAAUUUGA